GUCAGAGAAUAUCAGUUGGCCAACCAAGGUUUUUCUAGGAGUUCUUCAUCACGUUUCACAAUCAGGUGCUCUUCAGUCGCUUGAAGCUUGUGAUUCCUACAGGAUACAGAAUGUCAGACGUCAGCAAGACUGAAAAGUUCCAGUUAUAUGUCCCGAUUUUGGAGGAAUUAUGUGACGUUUUGCAGAGAGGGCUGAAGAACAAUUUUGCUGACGCGCAAGUUUGUGUUGUCGACUGUCCAGACCUCACUCAAGAUCCGUUUAAGUUUCCCGUCAAGGGGUUGUGUGGAAAACCUCGCAUUACAGAUGUGGGGGGAGUGCCCUAUUUGGUCCCCUUGGUCAAAGUGGACAAGGAGUACAACAUGAACACUGUGUCAAAGGAAUUGGAGCUACCUGGAGCGUUCAUUCUUGGUGCAGGAGCUGUAUCCUCCAAAAAUGUUGGAAUGAAUGCAGAGAUGAUGCCUCUGGUGCUCACUGAAGCUGAGGGAAGGCCUGCAGUGAAUAGCAGCUGGUUUUCCUCCAUAAAUCCAGAUAAUAACCAGUGUCUUUUGGAGAAAUACAGCGAUAAGUUCUCAGACUGUGACUUUGGACUGCUGGCGAAUUUGUAUGCAUGUGAGGGAAAGCCUGGAAAGGUCAUAGAGGUGAGAGCCAAAAGGAGAAUAGGAGAAGAGAGCCUUGUGGGUGCUCUGAGGAAGACCAUGGAGGAGCACUACCCCGAUAAAAGCCUGGCUCUGGGGGGCACCUUCCUCAUCCAGAAAGGGAAGGCCAAGAUCCAUAUCAUGCCAAGGGAGUUCUCAGCCUGCCCACUCAACUCCAACGAUGAUGUUAACAAAUGGCUGAAACAUUUUGAGGUCCACGCACCACUGAUAUGCCAGUCUGUGAUGGUCUCCAGAGACCCCGGUUUGGACCUCCGUGUGGAGCACACUCACUGCUUCAGCCACCAUGGAGAGGGUGGUCACUACUACAUAGACACCACUCCUGACACUGUGGAAUACCUGGGUUACUUCAUGCCUGCCGAGUUCGUCUACCGCAUCGACCGACCCAGUGAGACCCACGAAGUCGGGCGAGACUGAAACAUGACACAACUUAAGUCAAAUUAAUGUUAGAAAAUCUUACCUUUUUGAUGUUGAUUUAACUGAAUCAAUGAUUGAUGAUCAAUCUAUUUUACUUUAUGCAUUUUUCAAAAGGCCUUUGAUUUGAUGAUUUUAUAACAAAGACCACAUUUGUUUUAGUCAAGACGAUAUUGUGCGAUUUAAAGCUAAACAUUUUCAACAAUAACUUAAACAUUUCAUGAAUCGUUUGAUAAAAAUGCAUUUGAUUCAAAUAAUUGUAACAUUUCAUUAUGUUGUACUUUAGCGAAUAAACUACCUGUCAGUGACAUGUUUAAAAAAUAAAUAUUUCAUUAUUAUUUCUAGAUCAGUCAGUCGCAAUUUACUCAUGAUACUUUGUUUUGAUCUUCUUAGUCAUGGCCACUGACAUGACAUGCGUGUUUCUACCUUAUACUGCCAGGUAAUGGAAUGCCGAAAGGUAGGUAGAAAGCUUCGCUGCCUUUCAUGGUUGUCACUAGUUAAGAAAAGUCAAAAGUGGCUAUAUCAUAAUAUAUCAAAUAUUCAUGAACAUUUCUUAAAUUUAGGUUAGCAGUGUGAUUAAGGUUAGGUUAAAAAUCAGAUUUUAAGAAAACGUUGUAGAAAUAGGCAGGGUUUAGCCGUAAUUAGGACUUUGUGGUUGUGGGAACUAGUGAUGACUGCCUUUCAUGUGUCAAUGGCUGUGUUCGAGAGCAUCAAAACUGUGAUUGUAUCAUGGGUAAAUUGUGACUGACUAACUGAUCUUCAAAUAAUAAUGAGUAGUUAUUUAUGAUACAAGGUGAUCUGUAGAUCCGUCAGUCGCCUGCCAUAUUUUUGAUGCUCCCGAACUUGGCCAAUAUGUUCCAUUCAUUUUCAUUGCACUCAAAUAACAAAUGCUUGUGUAUUGCCUUGAAAAGGUUGGUCUGUGGAUGUCACACAUCAUCUCCCGCCUUUUGGUGGUUAUGUCUGUUUUACUGCUAGCUAAAGAAACUCAGCUGAUCAGGAUGGCUAACAUAUUGUAUCUGAAACGGUUUUCAAAGUUGGAUAUUCUAGGGGGUGAUACAGGGUGGAAGCCCAACACCUGAGCUUUGGGACCAACAUCAAAGAAUAGGGACAGAAAAUAAAACGAUCAUUUCAAUCUGA